AUGUCAGGAAAAUGGAUGGUCACUGUGUACUUAGCACUGAGUACUAAGAGAAUAGACAUCAGGAAUUAUCAGAGUCUCUUGGCCUUUGUAUUUGCUGUCACUGAAAUAAACAAAAACCCAAGACUGCUGCCCAAUAUCACUCUGGGCUUCCAUAUUGUAGAUCACUGUUUGACUGAAGCAAUGGCAACAAUUGGAAUGAUUGACAUUAUGAGUGGAAAAGGGCUUCCCAUCCCUAACUAUCGCUGGGGCCUUUCACCUAACUUGGUGGCUGUUGUGGAUGGCAUAUCUUCCAAAGUGACUCUCCUUAUAGCCAGAAUGUUAGUACAGAUUAGUUAUGCAUCCAUGGAUCCAGUAUUAAGUGAUAAAAAUCAGUUUCCAUCUUUUUACCGCACUGUGCCUAAUGAAAUUGCCCAGUAUGAUGCACUUAUGCACAAGUAUAUAAAGAAAGUCAGUAUUACAGGUGGGGACGGGAAUGAGUUACAUUUUGAUGAGAAUGGAGAUAUGCCUUCUGACUUUGACAUUUUAAACUGGAUUGUCUACCCAAAUCAGACUCUUGGUAGCAUCAAAGUAGGAACAUAUGCACAGAGAUCUGCCUCCCAGGAACUGAGAAUAAAUGAAAGUCUAAUACGAUGGAGCCCAUCUUUUAAUGAAACCCCACGUACACCUUGCAGUGAAACCUGCCUUAUUGGGUUUAGGAAGAAACCUAAAGAAGGAUUCCCUGAGUGCUGCAAUGACUGUGCACCCUGCCCAGAGGGAGAGAUAUCCAACCAGACAGGUGAGUGUUGUUUUAAAUGUCCAAUAAACCAAUGGCCUAAUUUAAAUAGAACCAUUUGCACUGAUAAAGUGAUCAUUUACUUAUCCUAUCAUGAGCCCCUAGGUGCAUCACUGGCUUUGUUAUCAGUUCUGUUUUGUAUCAUGACUUGUUUGGUUCUGAUGAUCUUCACUAAAUACAGGAACACAGCGGUUGUUAAAGCCAAUAACCGAGAUCUCAGCUACAUCCUCCUUGUGUCCCUCAAGAUUUGCUUUCUAUGUAAUUUGAUGUUCAUUGGCCAUCCCCGCCAUGUGACCUGCAUUCUAAGACAAACAGUGUUUGGUGUCAUCUUCUCUAUUGUUAUUUCUUCAGUUUUGGCUAAAACUGUAACAGUGGUCAUUGCCUUCAAUGCCACCAGGCCUGGAAGCAAACUGAAGAAUUAUUUGGGACCCAGAGUUUCUAAUUCCAUUGUAAUAUUCUGUUCAUUGAUGCAAGUGAUUAUAUGCACCAGCGGGUUAAUCAACUCUCCCCCAUUUCCUUAUUAUAACACCGAUGAUAUAGUUGGGAUGAUAGUAGCCGAGUGCCAUGAACAUUCAAGCUAUGGAUUUUACUGCAUCCUGGGAUUUAUGGGAUUAUUGGCAGCUCUUAGUUUUAUUAUUGCUUUCUUUGCUCGGACAUUACCUGAUAUCUUCAACGAAGCCAAGUUUAUCACCUUCAGCAUGUUGCUGUUCUGCAGUGUGUGGGUCUCUUUUAUUCCAGCCUAUCUAAGCACUAAAGGGAAAUAUGUUGUGGCAGUGGAAAUAUUUGCUAUUUUAUCUUCUAGCUCUGGAAUUUUGGGGUGUAUAUUUAUUCCCAAGAGCUGA